AUGAGCUUCUCCACUGUCCGGCGGCGCAUCCGCAUCCUCCACUCCUUCUCAGUCGUGUUCCUCUACUGGUUCUACGCGAUUUCGUGA